AUGGCGAAGACCUACGAUUACCUGUUUAAGCUGCUGCUAAUCGGGGACUCGGGGGUAGGGAAGACCUGUGUCCUGUUCCGCUUCUCCGAGGACGCCUUCAACUCCACUUUCAUCUCCACCAUAGGAAUUGACUUUAAAAUUAGGACCAUAGAGCUUGAUGGCAAGAGAAUCAAACUACAGAUAUGGGACACGGCUGGUCAGGAACGGUUUCGGACGAUCACAACAGCCUACUACAGGGGUGCAAUGGGCAUCAUGCUGGUCUAUGACAUCACCAAUGAGAAGUCCUUCGACAACAUCCGGAACUGGAUUCGAAACAUUGAGGAGCACGCCUCUGCAGACGUUGAAAAGAUGAUCCUCGGGAACAAGUGCGACGUGAACGACAAGAGACAAGUUUCCAAGGAACGGGGAGAAAAGCUGGCCCUGGACUAUGGAAUCAAGUUCAUGGAGACCAGCGCCAAGGCCAACAUCAAUGUGGAGAACGCAUUCUUUACUCUCGCCAGAGACAUCAAAGCAAAAAUGGACAAAAAAUUGGAAGGCAACAGCCCCCAGGGGAGCAACCAGGGAGUCAAAAUCACACCCGACCAGCAGAAGAGGAGCAGCUUUUUCCGAUGUGUUCUUCUGUGAGGAACGCCGCCUUACUCUGAGCCCUGCUCAGCCAACUGACUGUGCCUGUUCUGAGUGAGCCCUUCACUCAGCCAGGGGUCCUCCCGCCUCCCACGUCCCACCCAUGCCGUGGCCGCGGGGCCCACGGCCACCAAAAUGCAAUUGAGAAAUUGUUUAUUUUAGUAACUGAAAUUUUUCAACUUGGAGAUGGAAUAAUUUAAGAAUUUGCUAUUUUUCCUGUAACAUCCGCCAAAUGGGCCCACCCACACAUCGAGUAACUAGAGAGAGAGGUGGGCUUGAGGUGUGACUGUCAACAGCAACCAACGUGGCGGGCCUCCGUCUCUGGGCCUUCAAUUCCUUGUCUCGCUGGGACACGAAGCCCCUCCAGAAAGCCUGUCCACAUCCCUCAUCACAGAAGCGAGGUCCCCAAAUGCCAGCGGCAGUUCCAGGAUCCCAGGCUCCCCACCCCAAGCGAGGUGACCAAUCGCCAGGCCAGGAAACAUCUAACCCACAAAUCUGGAAUCCAUAUGCACCUCUUCUCUCAGUUUUGGACAAGUGACCAAAACCAUUUCCCCCCCCACACUCUUUUUAACUGUUAAACCAAAGGGAAGCACAAAUUAAGGAAAUCUUCUCUAAAGAAGCGUGGGGCCACCUCUCCUGACCACAGCCGGAUUCAGGUCUAUCGUCCAGCCAGGCCUCUGCAGUCCCCGUCUGAGUACCGGCGGGAUGGCGUGUGUGCUCCAGGUGACCCCGAAAACACAACCGCCCAUGGGCCUCCCAUAAUUGGGGCACCCUCCUCUCGGCACCAGAACGGCCCCAACACCUCCUCCUCGUUCUGCCGUCUCCAAAUCGGAUGUCCUUUCUAGCUGAGAUUUUUAUUUUUCUAGAUCCUUAGUGCCAUGAAGUGAUUCCAUCUCUGAUUUCCAAUGGCAGACCCAGGUGAUCAGGAACAAGCACAUAAUGCCCCGGGCUGGCUGUGGCCGAGACACGAGGCAGCACCGUCCAUGGGGGCACCAGGCACAGGCCAAGACACGACGCAUUCCAUGGCAAUAGACUGACCGUACAACAGUCUGGGCUGGCCUUUCCCUGUCAUUACUCAGUUCUGUUUUGACAGCUCUGCUCUCCCAUUGACUGCGAUUGGGACCAGGUCACCAGGCUGGAGGGGCGUCACUAGGGAGACUUGUGUGUGUGUGUUUUCUUUUUCCUUUUUUUUUUUUUUUUCUCCCUUUCCCCCAAGCUGCUGUCAGUCCAAGCCAUUGGCAUCAUAGUUCCUUCUUUUCUCAAUUAAAACCAACAUACCAGCAAUAGUCUGCUGUCCCCUGGAAUCUCUAACAUGCUGUUUACAUCGAUACAUGCACUUAAGG